CUCGUGCGGCUGGUCGCUGUUUGUGGUGCUGAAACAACGCCUGUACUGUGUGUUGAACAUUUAGCCAUUUUUAUUCCCCCCUCUCCGCCUUCCUCCAGAACCAUGCCUCUGUAGAGCCCGCUUCUCGCCCAGCAGCGCUCACCUGAGUCGGCCUCCAUCAUGCAGGUUUAGCGGACGGAUCUCUCCGGAUCUCCUUCAGGAAUGGAUUCACUUUGCUGUCCCGUCCUCCUGCUCUCGGCUCUGGCUCUCAGCCUCUCCUCACCUGCCCUGGCUGACAGGAAAUUCGGCUGCCUGUUUGAAGACGAGCUGUGCACUCCGUAUGAGUUCUGCGUCAAUGAUGAAGUGUUUGGAAGGUGUCAGGAGCUGGCGGCUGCAGACCUGUACACGUACGAUAUCUCUUCCUCUGCUCUGCAACGCCUCAGGACCCUGCUGCAGAAACUGGCUCACAGAGGUUUGACCUGGCAGGACGACCUCACCCAGCAGGUCGUCACUCGAGAGCUCUCCAAACUGAGGACGGUUCCCAUCCGCCAUCAGGCCCCUGCUCAAAGCCCCCCCCUGAACGCCUACAGCGGCUCCAGAGACUGGAAGCUGAGCAGAAACAUGCAGCAGUACCUGACGGGCCUGGGCUUCCUGACUGAUGGAGCACCGGGAAGCCACCGACCGGGAGCCGUCGUUCAGAAUGAAGACGUGAAGUCUGAAGGCGACCUGGAGCCCAGCCGGUCCAAACCAAAGCAGGGCUGGAAGGAGACGACCAUCUACCACCACCAGAAGGGGGCCGGCCAGCCUCCGGUCACCAAAGUGUUUACCCAGAGCGGGGAGGGCAAACACCCCAAGCUCAGCCCGUCCUAUGCCAACCGGGACGCGGGGAGGAACAAACUGUUAGCCGGCCAACUGGAGCGACUGCUGUCUGAGGUACCGAACACUCAGCAAGGAGGAAACGGAAAGGUCCACUACCUCAGCUACAUCCGUCCAGCGCCGAGCGACCAUGCAGAGGUGGCUUUACCCUCCAAAACCCAAAGACCGAAUCUAGACAGACUCCUGUUUAAGGCUAGCUCGAACCACCCGGCUGCCAAAGAGCCUCUCAGCGCCGUGGACGAGCGGUUCAUCCAGAACAUGGUGAGCCAGCUGGGGAGGCACAGUGUUCACUUCGAGUCUCUGAUGGGCAAAGACCUGGACCACCUGGCGGGGGUCAUCGCUGGAGCGCUGCAUGAGGGAAAAGAGGGUCGUCCUGAUGCUGGAGCCAAACCAGGACUAUGGCCCGCUGAAUCCAGGCCAGUCAUGCAACUGAAAGAAGACCUGAAGCCAGAGCAUCUAAACCAGGAGGACUCACCAAGACCAGUGGAGCCAGGCCAGCAGAUAUCCGCUGCAGACAAAGAGCCCGUUGACAAGCACGCAGCGUUCUUCUCCAAGCUGCUGGAAUACCUCAACAUGGAGCCCUUCAACGACGGUCCACAGGUCAGCGUCGGAGCGCCGGCUGCCCUCCGGAAAACUGUCGGACAGGAGAACGUCCAGAGCCGGACAACGCUGGGUCAGGUCCCCGCUGCGCUCCGCUUGCAGGAGAAACCCCCGAAGGAAGGCUCCCCCCUGAGGCUAACGGUGGGGGCUGCAGACGGGCCGGACGCCUCUGUGGACUCGGCGGUCCAGAGGUGGAUGCAGGCGGGGAAACAACAACAACAACAACAACAGCAGGAAGAGGAGGAGGAACCACAGAAGAAGAAGGACGUGAAGGUGAAAACUCAGCUGGUCCACGUGGCGGUGAAGGAGUUUUCCAGCAGAGGGAAGGACCGGCACUUUGGAUACAUCAUCACCGGAUCAGACUCCCUCACCUCCGCCCAGGGUUCAGACCUGAUGGAGCGCCUGACUGAGCGGCUGGACCUCCACGCUGCAGACCUCACACAGCUCUCAGUUCUGGGUCCAGCGUUGACGUUCAGAAUCGGCCCGAACCCCAGGAACGUUUCCACCGCAGAUCUGGUUCAAGUCGCCGUGACUCAGAAGCAGCAGCUGGAGAAGGAGACGGGCCUGAAGAUAGUGGAGGCCGGAGUCAGUGAUAGGGGCAGCCUGACGGAGAUCCCGGUGGUGAAGACGACCCGGGUGGAGUCGGGUCAGUUCCUGCUGCUCUCCGUCCUCUGCAUGCUCUUCAUCUUGGUGGCGCUGGUCGUCUCCACCACCUUCUUCUGCGUCCGCCAGCGCUCACACCUGCGCCUAAAGGAGAAGCUGGCCAGCCUGGGCACGGACACCAGCAUCGACGCUACCACCACCUAUCAGGAGCUGUGUCGGCAGCGAAUGGCAAUCCGGACGUCUGAGCGCGUUGAGCGUCCGGAGACUCUGCGUCACUCGCGGCUCAACAGCGUCUCGUCUCAGUUCAGCGACGGCCCGGCAGCGAGUCCCUCCACGCGGAGCAGCACCUCGUCCUGGUGCGAGGAGCCGGUGCCGUCCAACAUGGACAUCUCCACCGGACACAUGAUACUGUCGUACAUGGAGGACCACUUGAAGAACAAAAACCGUCUGGAGCGUGAAUGGGAGGCGCUGUGCUCCUAUCAGGCCGAGCCCGGAGCCUGGAGCGUCGGACACGGAGAGCAGAACUCCAGGAAGAACCGCUCGGACGCCGUGGUCGUAUAUGACCAUUCCCGGAUCACGUUGAAGGCGGAGAAUAACCACGGGAACUCAGACUACAUCAACGCCAGUCCUAUAAUGGACCAUGACCCUCGCAACCCGACGUACAUCGCCUCGCAGGGCCCUCUUCUCUCCACCGUGGCCGACUUCUGGCAGAUGGUGUGGGAGAGUGGCUGUGUCGUCGUCGUCAUGUUGACCCCGCUCUCAGAGAACGGAGUGAAGCAGUGUCACCCCUACUGGCCCGACGAGGGGUCGGACGUCUACCACAUCUACGAGGUGAACUUGGUGUCGGAGCACAUCUGGUGUGAAGACUUCCUGGUGCGGAGCUUCUACCUGAAGAACCUGCAGACCAACGAGACCCGCACCGUCACGCAGUUCCACUUCCUGUCCUGGAUGGACCGCGGCAUCCCCAACUCGGCCCGGACGCUUCUGGACUUCCGCAGAAAGGUUAACAAGUGCUACCGGGGUCGAUCCUGCCCGAUCAUUGUUCACUGCAGCGAUGGAGCCGGCCGCAGCGGGACCUACGUCCUGAUCGACAUGGUGCUCAACAGAAUGGCUAAAGGUGCUAAAGAGAUUGAUAUUGCCGCUACCCUGGAGCACUUGAGAGACCAGAGAGCCGGGAUGGUCCAGACAAAGGAGCAGUUUGAGUUUGCGCUGACAGCCGUGGCAGAGGAGGUGAACGCCAUUUUGAAAGCGCUUCCUUAGAGGAGGCAUCUCACCUUCCUCCUCUACUUCCUCCUCCUCUUCAUCGCUGAACUUCGCUUUCCUUCUGCCCACUCAAGACCGACAUCCUCCUCCUCCUCGCCGUGUUUCUGUCUCUGCCUCCUCUUCACCUCUAUAUAAAUACUGUAUACCUAUGAAUGUCGUGCCAGAUGUCUCACCUGGAUCCGUGUGGUUGUUCAGUGGUUCGAUCGUCUAGAAACGAGCUCCUCCCGCGGGACUUUUUGCCAAUACGAACGCUGGUUUCUCCUUACUGUGGUGUUGUUCCUGAACAUACCGUGCUAGUGCCACUGAUGAGCUGAUCACGUCAAGAUUUACGUCCUAAAAAUAGCAUCGGAAGAACUGAUCAGCACAUUUCAAACCUGCCUAGCAACUGUUACAUUAAAUAUUGCAGUUCAUUUUCUGGAAUAAUUGGAUGAAAUAAGGCUUUUUUAACGGCUUUAAUCUGAUUUACAGUCUCAAAUAUUAGGAUAUUCAAUUAACUGUGACAGAGAGAGAGUAAAUUCCCACAUUUUAGAGGCUGGAACCAGAGAAUUUGGGGCAUUUUUUAUCCCUCUUUUGACCCUUUCGUACUAUUUGGGUGAAAUUAACCGAGGACAUGAUUACAGAAAUCAGAAAUAACAGCCCUAACCUUAACGACUAUCACUUUAUCUCAAUUACUAACUAUGGAUAACAGUUAUGAUGAAUGUUUGCAAAUACUAAAUCAAUUAAGUCUGUUUUUUGUGAUAAAUGUAUGUAAAAGAAAAAAGAUUCACUCUAAUAAAGACUUGAACUGCAUUCUUAAUGGACAGCAAAUGGAGUUGAAGGUUGAAAAAUAAUAGCCUUUGAUUCUUUUUCUCAUAGUUAAAAUAACAAAACAAAUCAAUUGGACCGCCAUACAGGUACGGAGGCCGACAGGUGCGGGGAGCGGUCCGAUUAAGAGGAACGAGCUGCAGCUUAAAAUAAAUUCAAAAUGAUUGUGUUUGCAUCGUUUCUGAAGCUGCAGCGCGUUUGCACCUGCAGGCCACCGUACACAAGGGUUAAAAGAACUACAGAAAUGGCCGCCGGUACAUUUCUCUCCUACUGAUCACAGGAGCUCUCAUUAAGUAAUUCAGAGUAUAAUACUAAUGUAAAUACAGCCUAUAUCACCGUGAUGAAUCCAUGUGUGUGUGUGUGUGUGUGUGUGUGUGUGUGUGUGUGUGUGUGUGUGUGUGUGUGGGUGUGGGUGUGGGUCUGCUCUGAUAAAAGCCUCACAGAUUAUGAAUUCAUUCUUCGACAUCAGGUGUUUUUUAAUCCUCAUUACUCACGCUGUCACUCGAACACGUCUGUUAAUAUUAAAUGUAAUGCAUAUAACGGAGAUAGCUAUAUAUGAAUAGAGUAAUUAUAUUUAAGCCAAAGUGUUUGUCCCUCCAUCACCGUAUAUCGUGAUGUUUAGUGACGGAUUACCCCCCCUGUGUAUAGAUAACUUUACGAUAUAUAGUGCUGUCUGAGCUGUAUUCUGAGAGCCUCAAUGAUGAUACAAGAAGGAUAUAUUUUGUGUGAAGAGUAACAUUCAGAUUGGUAAUAAAUCAGAUCAGAUUACA